CCUAGCUUUCGGAGUGAGACGUAGAGCCGAACGACGGAGGCCGCGAGCGAGAUGCCGGUGGCCGUCGGUCCUUACGGACAGUCCCAGCCAAGCUGCUUCGACCGCGUGAAGAUGGGCUUUGUGAUGGGUUGCGCCGUGGGUAUGGCGGCCGGGGCGCUCUUCGGCACCUUUUCCUGUCUCAGGAUCGGAAUGCGGGGUCGGGAGCUGAUGGGCGGCAUUGGAAAAACGAUGAUGCAGAGUGGCGGCACCUUUGGCACGUUCAUGGCCAUUGGAAUGGGCAUCCGAUGCUAAUAACCAGGGCAAUGAGUGCCUACUACAUACACACCUUCCCAUCAGUUCCAGCCCAUGUACUAUAAUAAAACAGUCUUCGAGUA